UUUUCAGGUCUUGAAGCUGACCCAUUUGCCCCAGACCCUGACCAUCCACCUCAUGCGAUUCUCCAUCAGGAAUUCACAGACGAGAAAGGUCUGCCACUCCCUGUACUUCCCCCAGAGCCUGGAUUUCAGCCACGUGCUUCCAAUGCAGGGAGAGAUCCGUGACGCUGAGGAGCAGCCUGGAGGGCAGUAUGAGCUCUUCGCUGUGGUUGCGCACGUGGGAAUGGCGGACUCCGGUCAUUACUGUGCCUACAUCCGGAAUGCUGUGGACGGAAAAUGGUUCUGCUUCUGCUUCAAUGACUCCAAUAUUUGCUCG